CUCAAUAAAAGUGUGCCGACGUCUAUAUAUCCUCUGGCUCGUUCGUCAAACUGAGGCGGUCUCCGUGUGCAGGCGCUGCGCGCAGACCCCGCACCGGCCGAGGAAGCGGAGUUUCUGCGCGAGGGCUGCGCGCUCGCAGCUCUCCAGCAUCCGCACGUGGUGCGAUUACUGGGAGUGUGCGCGGCGGACGGGCCCCCGCUGCUGCUCAUGGAGUACGCCUUCUUCGGCGAUCUGCUGCGAUACCUGCAAGAACGAAAGCAUCUGGCCGAGUUGGCGGCGACGGUAAACGACCUCGACUCGCGCACCGAUCUCGUAGGUGAUCGCGAGGUGACGGCGACCGCCGAGCCCGAAGCCACUCACGUAUCGGCGACGGCACUGACACGGCUGGCGAAAGAAGCUGCCGAAGCGUUGGCCUACCUGGCGAAACGCCGCUACGUGCACCGCGACGUGCGCGCCGCCAAUUGUCUCAUCGAUGCGAAACGGACGCUCAAGCUAGCAGAUUUCGGUCUCGCACGCGCCACGAGCUCUGAGCACGAUACAAAAGAAGACAAAUCAUGUGACUUGACCCACGCGGAGGAGUCAUACGCAUACAUCUGUCGGCGGCGCGGCGUAUUCCCCGUGCCGUGGAUGGCUCCCGAGAGCCUAACCAGUGGCGUGUUCUCCGCCGCGUCAGACGUGUGGGCGCUGGGCGUGCUAAUGCUGGAACUGGCCACUCUGGGCGCGAGGCCUUACGGCGCGUGGCGUCCGCCCAAGGUGCUGCGGUUCGUGCGCGACGGUGGAAGCCCGCCGCUCCCGCGCGACGCCUCCUAUCACUUUUGCGAAGUAACGGCCAUGUGCUGGGAGCGUCAGCCAACAAGGCGCGCGAGUGCCGAGGCCGUGCAACGCUACUUUGAAGACCACCCACGAGCUUUGCGGCCGGCGCUGCGGCCGGCGGUGCUCGCGGUCGCGGACCCUGACGACGUGGACGACGCCACAGAUAGUGGCUUCGGCGAACGAGACUUCGACGACUGGCUCCGCAAUGAACGACAUAACUCCACCGCAUGACGUAACGAGUAUCACUCAAGGCAAUAUGUUUCAGCUGUGUAAAUCUCGUUCGAUAUGACCAUCGAGUAUAUAACCAGAAAUAGAGAUGAAAUAAGUGCCAUCCCCUGAGAAAAAAUGGGUCUUAUAUCACUUUUAAAUAUCAACACUUGUUUGCGCUGAAGUCACAAAUUAGAAAGCUGAAAUAGUACAGCGCCAACAACAGACCUGUGUGACCGUCUCCGUACAUUCCAAAAAUAUUCUGUAUUUAUUGUAAUAAAGAUAAUAUCUCUAACAAUGGGGAGCUGUUCCAUCCGGGGGUGUU